AUGACGACCGCGCGACGCGUUGCCGCACAAAAGGCACUCGAUCGCGGCGUCAUGUUGGGAACUUUUAAAACAUCCAGAGACUUGGGGUUUUUUACGCUCGACAUCGACGGCACUCGCGCUUCCCGGAUCACCGUCGUCAGGUCAUAUCUAACGUAUCUUUUUCUUCUCCCUCGAUUUUUUUUUCUCGUUCCAGGAGACAAGAAGCCGCCCUCCGUCCGCGAGAAGUGGACCGCGUGCGAGGAGAAAAAGUUCUUCAGCGCGCUCAAGACCGUCGGCUCGAACUUCGAUAAGAUCGCGGAGAUCAUCGAGACGAGGAACAAGACGCAAGUUCGCGGGUUCUACAUCGCGGAAGUCAAGAGAAUCAACGCCGUGCUCGCGCCGCUCGGCGUCCAGGUGGACCCCGCAGACGUCGAGGAGGUGCACGCGGCGAUGCACUCGUGGCACAGCAUGAAGGACAACCUCGGACCCGGGGAGCGGUUCCAGGAGCUGUGUAAGAAGCCCCAGGAUAGGAACUUAUUCGCGUGGGGGCUCAAGCAAGAGCUCGACAAGUCCGUGUGGGCGGAAGGGAAGAAAGAGGCGAAACUCCAAGCUCUCGGGCUGCUCCCGUCUGUGCUCGGCGACGGCGGGAAAGUUUUAGGGGUCGUGUCGGGCUCGAAGACGACCGCGGGCGCUCGCGUCGGCCGUCCGAAGGGCAGCGGGAUGAACCGGAGCAAAGGUUCGUGCAAGGCGGAUUCUCCGUCGUCCGCGAGGAAGGCUGCCGCGGCUAAGAAGGCGGCGCGACGAGGCUGCUCGUCCCCGAACGCGGCGGCGGCGAGGGCGAAGGCGGACGCUGCCGCGGGACGCGCCGCGGAUUCGAAGAUGUCCAAAGAGCCGACCGAACGUCUGAUGCUUCAGCUGUUCCCGAUCGACGCGAGCACGCGCGCGGCGCUCGUCGCGGGCGGUUUCAACCCGCACUUGGAGCUCACGUUCCGGGCGAAGAAGUCCGUGAUCGGUUUGAUGAACCACCUGAAGACGAAAUGGGCGGCGGCGACGAGACACUUACCCGCAGGCGUGAACGGAAAAGACGCGGUCCUGCAACUGUACCCGUUCGAGGCCGCGUCCGCGACCGAGGCGGUCGGCGCGUGGAACGACAGGCACGACGGCGUGACCGCGACGGACAUAUUCGACGCGUGCGGGCGCCCCGCGGCGUUCCGAGUCCGCUACGGCUGGGUUCCCUCCGCGGAGGCUGCGUCGAGGCCGCACCUCGCGCCGCCGCCGCCGCCGGUGCACCAGCAGUCGGUCGCGUCGCGGAACGGCUCGCGGUCCAGGUCGCGCAGCGCGUCGCCGCCGAACUUGUCGCCGCGGAAACGGUCCGCGGAGGAGCUCGACGUGAGGCAUCCGUCGUUCUGCCAGGCCCCGGUCCAGCCCGGGUCCUUCGAGGGGAUGUUUGCCGGCGGCGGGCGAGUCCCGGCGGUGGGAUCCGUGUUCGGAGCCGACUUCGGCGGCGACGCCGCCUUCGGGCUCUUCGCCGGCGGCGGCGCGGUUCAAGGCGACGACUUCACCCUGAGCGGUUUCGGCGGCGCGGACUUUAGCAACAUCUGCCGAGAGAUGGGACUCGACGACGGCGAGCACGACCGGCGCGAGGACAGCGCGCACGGACGCGCCGGGGACGCGCCCGGGCCGCUCGACAGCGCGUCUCCUGGGACGUUGAAGGCGUUCGCGAGGCACACGCGGGAGGUCAUCUCCGAGUUUGGCGCCGCCCCGGACGCGUCGAUGGGCGCGGGAGGCGUCCUCGGCGGCGAUUUCUCGCUCACGACGAUGCUCGGCGACGUCCCCGCCGAGGGCGGCGUGUCCAGGCAGGGGGACCUGGGCUCGCCGCGACGCGGGACGGACUCGGCGUCGGCGGAACCGACCGAUUUCAGCGGCAUGUUCGGCGGCGACGUCGCGGAGCAGAUCAACGCAAUUCAACGCGCCCCGGUCGGUCCGGUCGCCGCGCCCGCCGCCGCGCCCGCCGCCGCGCCGGCGCCGGCGCCGGUCAAGGUCUCGAAAGGCAAAGGCGAGCGCGGCCCGGACAAGCAGCCGCGGAAGCAAGGCAGCGGGUACGGGAGGGCCUUCAACUACAACAAGAAGCCCCUGAACGCGGGCGCGCCGUACACGAGCAGUUUGAUCAUGCCGAACGCCGUCGCCGGCGUCGUCGGCGCGAUCGUCCCGGGGUACAUCCAGACCACGGGUGGGUACGUCCCGGUGCAACGCGAGCCCGUGGGGGACGCGAGCGCGUACUACCCGAGGAUGAUGCCGCAGGGGGAGCUGAGCCGCGGGGCUGCGGAGGCGAGUUGA